GCCACAUGUCAAAGAUCUGAGCAUGCGCAGUCGUUUUGCAUACGUGGAGGUCGAUGCUCGAUGCCGAGAUGCCACUAACUACUACUGUUAUUGGUAGCUUUCCUAAGCCAAAAUACCUGCAAACCCCAGAUUGGUUUCGAACCCAAAAUUACAUCAAGGAUUAUAAUUCUUACGCCGCUCAAGACAUCGCCGAGAGAGAGGCAUUGGUAGAAAAAGCAACAAGUGAAGCUAUCACACUGCAAUGCAGUAUUGGAGUGGAUAUAGUUACAGACGGAGAAAUGCGGCGGGAGAAUUAUGUCCAUUAUUUCUGCCGACAUCUUGAUGGUAUUGAUUUCGAAAAUUUGACAACAAAAAGCUCCCGUGGCGGUGCUUGGGUUGCUGACCUCCCAACCAUCACAAGCGAUAUUAGAUUGAAAGGUCACGGCUGGAUGGCAUCCGAAUGGAAAGCCGCUCAAGCGAUGACCGAACGUCCAGUUAAAGCAACUCUCCCAGGUCCUAUGACCAUUAUCAACUCAAUCGCCGACGAUUUUUAUCAUGACGAUGAGAAGUUAGGGUCAUUACUAGCUGGAUUACUGAAUCAAGAAAUUCUAGCUCUGGCUGCGGCAGGUUGCAAGUACAUUCAGGUUGAUGCACCAGUGCUUGUGAGAUUUCCAGAUGCAGCCCUGCAUCAUGGGAUUGAACACCUGUCCAAAUGUUUCUCAGGAGUUCCCGAUGACGUCACAAGAUGCAUUCACAUUUGUUGCGGAUACCCGCUGUAUUUGGACCAGCAAGACUAUAUUAAAGCUGAUCCUGAUGCAUACCUGAAGAUUGCAAGCAAGCUAGACUCAUCAGGAUUCGACCACAUUUCUAUUGAGGAUGCUCACAGACAUAAUGAUUUAGAGCUUUUCCACAAGUUUAAACAAUCAAAGGUGGUCCUAGGGGUUUUAAAGAUUGCAUCCAGCCAAAUCGAGACCGUUCAACAAGUCAAGCAGCGCUUAGAAGAAGUGUUGACAGUCUUACCUGCUGACCGGUUGAUAGUUGCUCCUGACUGCGGGCUCGGAUUCCUGUCUGAGAAACAGGCUCUCGAGAAGCUGUCAGUCAUGGUACAGGCGGCGCAGGCAGUUCCUUAAAGCGCCCUUGUCAGCCACAGCUUUGUUGUUGUUUUUAUUUUAUAUUGAAAGGCACGUAAUGUUUAAAAUCUUGAAAUAACCAUCUAAACCAUUUUUAUUUACCAAAUUCAAUCGAAAAUACAUCCAACGACAAUAAAAGAAAACAAGAGGAACAAUUAAAAAAAUAUAAUAAACAAAGUACAUUUUAGAUAUUACAGAUUUAUGAAACACUCUCUUACCAGAGUUGAUAGAGGAAGACUCUUCCUCUACUUACUCUGGCUUUUCUAGGAUGUUAUUACAUUAGAAUAUCUAGACCCUUUAGAAGAGUCUCACAUUUCCUAAACUUCAGCCUUGCUUCAGCUAGAUCUGUUUAGUGAAUUCUAUGGCACUAGAGUCGAAGCCCAUUGUCUAGCCCCUUGUGAGCCACGGAUCCUGCGAGAUGCUCUCCAGGCUCAUCCGCCAAAACGCCGCUUUCUCGAGUAGCUUCUGAAGAAGCUCAGACGCGUCUUGAAAAAGAAAACAAAAUUAUGUAUCAGUAUUUUGUCAGCGAAGCUUGGGGGAGGCAAGCUUAUAGAAAGAGUAGAGUAACGCUGCAAACUACUUCUAAACGUAAAAUAUAAUCGUAAUCUCA